UUGGGCGCUUCCAGACCACACAAAGUCAGUUCACUUCAUUUAUUCGCUAAUUUUCACCUCUGAAAGCUGUCACAAUGUUAUGUGGAGGACUUGCUGCGGAAAAUCCUGCAGACGACGCAAUUCAGAAGAUCUGUGAAAGCAUGAAGCCCCAUGCUGAGAGUAAAGCAGGAAAGUCCUAUGAUGUCUUCAAUGCCAAGAGUUACAAGACGCAGGUGGUGGCAGGGAAAAACUACUUCAUUAAGGUGCAUGUGGGAGGAGACGAUCAUGUUCAUCUCCGUGUCUAUGAAAAACUCCCAUGUUACGGAGGAGGCCUGGAGUUGAGUAAUAUGCAGCAAUCCAAGAGCCACCAUGAUCCUAUUGAAUACUUCUGAUUGGAUCACAAACCAGGCCAUGUAACCCAUCAGUGCCUACAGGCAGUAGUAUUAUCAAAAUGCUCUGCUUCUUUUAUGUCGGAUCCUUACAGAAAAACAAUGUAAUUUGCAGUUCUCACAACCAACAUGUAACAACAAACUGUGAUGAUAACAUCAUGAUAACAGGAGAAUGUCAAGA